AUGAAUCGACUACCUCGUCCUGCCCUCUCCCAGCUUCACCCUUCGCAUCCACUCCGUAAAGAGGUGUUUAAGGUUUACAAAUGGAUGGGAAAUUUCCUAGAGUCGCUUCGGCCAUUGGACUUAGCGGAGAGCACCGUGGCGAGUUACUUCAAAGCCCUGGCUCUUUUGUUGGGUUACCGCGACCGAGAGCAGGGCAAGAGCCGCCGGUACGCGCCUAUGGGAGAGGAAGAGGCAGCUACGGAGGAGAAAAUGAGCCUGAAAGACGACGCCCCUGUCACCCUGACGGACAUAGGGGACGUGAGGAAAUUCUCGGACGCGGUCGCCGAGCUGCGGGAGUACAUACAACAGCGGCGCGAUGCCCGCGGCCUAAGGUCCGACUACGCAGGCAAGAGGUACACUCCUGUGUGCAAGCACUUGGCAUCGUUUCUGGCGGCGACGCAAAGGAAGCUGAUCGCCGAGGCGGCCGAGCUCCCCGGGCAUGGUGUGGGGGAGGUUCGGGGCUCUCUCCGGCGGGAGCAGGGCGAGCACAGCCAUGAGAGGCGUGCUGGCACGGUCAUUACGCGUCAUCAAAGCAGCAAAGAUCGUGGUGGAAACGGAAAUGCGCGUGAAGAUGAGGCCGGGAGCGGAGGGUCCCAGGGGGAGGGUGGCCAGGGAGAGAAGGAGAGUGAGAGAAAGAGACAGUGUGUGGCCUCCACCGUCGGAAACAGGAGGGAGGAACAUGGGGAGGAAGAGAUGGAGAGCUUGAAGUCGAAUGCUCUAAUCGAAGUGGGACAGAUUUGGGAUAGGCGGAGAGCUGGGGAGGGCGAGGGCGUGGGAGGUGGCGAGGUCAAGGCAGAGGGAGGGAAGGAGGCAGGGACGGAGGGGACGGAGGCACGGGAAGACCGAGAACUGAAGCGACUGAGGGAGGCGCUGGCUCAGAGCACUCAGCAAAAGAAAGCCCUGGAAAAACGCGUGGAAAAAAUGUCGCGAAAGCUGGAUCGACGGACAAAAAAGAUACGGCGAUUGAAGGAGGAGAAGGCGAGCGUCAAGGCAGCCCUGGACCAGGCACAGGCUCGGCUCGAGGGGGAGCGGCAAGAGCGAAUGCGGAAGAUGGAGGAAGAGCUGGAAUUCUUGCGACGAGGACAGGACAGGCAGCAGGGAGGGGGGGGCACGCCCAAUCCGGCGUCGUCUUCUGUUUCCGCGCCGCUUCCCGCUCUUCCGCCCAAAGCGACCGCCUUUACUCCAACCCCUUGUUCUCCUUCCCUUGUUUCCCGCCUCUCCUCCGUCCCCUUCGCCGAUUCUUCCCCUCGCUCGCCCUCUCCUGGCUUGUGCUGCCUCCAUCCUCGCACCGCCACGGCCUCAUCCAGUGGCUCAAUGGAAUGCUUACAGCAGACUCAGCGCUCCGACGGCAACGAGUGA